AUGGAAAAUGAUUAUACAAUAAUUGAGAUAAAGGAUUCCUCUAAAUAAGGAAUAAUAAUAAAUAAGGUGAAAGAAAAAGACUCAAGGGGCACUAAUUAAACAGGUUUCUUAUCCUUACACAUUUAAAAAAUUAAUAUUUCCUAUGAAGAUUUCACAAAAUUGAGAAAGCUAAAAAUCUUAAAUGUACUGUAACCAAGGAAUUAUUAUGAGACAUCAUUUGAGAAAAUUUUAAUUUUUCCAGAUAUAUCAGAACAUAAGCUAACAGAUCAAUAAUUAAUUAAUGAUGUUUUUAGAAUUUUGUUAUAAUUAGCCCUAAGUAAUUUUAUUCAUUAAUAUAUAGCUUAUGCUGAAUUUGAAAAGAGAGAAAGCUUUUGGCCUUUAAAUUCUAUUAGACAAUUAUAUUAUUUAUAGGGAAUAUUAUAUAUUUCAUUGAUAGAAUAUGAUUUUAUAAAUCCUUAAACUUCGUAAUCUCCCUUUUAAAUUUUCAAAAAGUUUACCCUUAAUCAUUUUUAGAACUUAAUACCAAAUAUCAACACUUAUUUUUAAUAAAAUAGCUUCAAUUCAAUAAUUACUUUUUUAUUAGAAAAGAACGGAAAUUUUCAUAAAAUAAAUUAUCUAAAUCCACCAUAUGAAAAUGUUUUGUUAUAUUUACUUAAUGUUAAUAAAUAACAUUAACUUGCUUCAAUAUAUGAAUAAGGAAAUUCAGUCGUAAAGGGUUUUUCAACACCUGAAUGUUUAAACUAAGUUUAUUCAAAUCUUUAUGAUAAAAUAGUUUAUAAAUCCUCAAGAUUUUAAUAAGAAGAAUAUAAAGAUUAAAUUUUAUAAAAUAUUUAGAGAGAAAUAGAAGUAAUGGAAAAAUGUUAUGACACAGAAUUCAUUGUGGCAUGUUUUGCUUAUAUUAGAAUUUUUGAAUACUCUUUUCUCCUGUAAAAGCGAUUUGUUGGAACUUUAGCAGAUUUUUUGAGAAAAUGGUAGGUAAAAAAAGACAGAACUGAAUAAUAAACUAUAAAAGAUGUACUCUUCAUAACAAACAGAUUUGCACUAGGUAUUUAUGAAUUUAUAUCAAGCUCUAAAAUCGUUAAAGAAAUCAAACAUUCUUCAUAGGGACCUCAAACCUGAGAAUUUAUUUUUAGACCAUGAUGAACUUAAUUAUAGUUUCAUAUAUAUUGCUGAUUUUGAUCGUUCUAAAUCUUUGGAUGGCCAAACGGAAUAGAUUAUGACAACAUAAAAUGUAGAAAAUACAGCAAAGUAUGACCCUCCAGAAAAAACUUAAUCAUUUAAAUAUGAUAACUAUUAAUUUGGUCUUAUUAUUUUAACAAUAGCCAAUAAGGGCAAAUAUAUAGGAAAUGAAAUUUAAGGAUCGAGAUAUUUUACAAAUGAAGAACAUGAAAGUUUUUAUAGUAGAUAAGCUAUUGAAAAGGCACUUUCACAUACAAAAUAUGACAAAGUUUUUUUAGAUGUCUUAGCUUAGUGUCUUAAAAGAAAUCCUGAUGAAAGACCUGAAAUUGAAGAAAUUUAUUCAAAAAUUAAUCCAUUAUAUUUAAAAACCAGAAUAAGACUUAGUUCGUCUACUAAAUCUAGUGGUAAUGAUUAAUCUAAUCAAUAAAAUUUGCCUAUAUUAAAUCAACAAUAAAAUAACUAUGAUGCUAACAAUAAUUUAUAAUAUUAACUUUAAGGACCUAAUCAAACAAAUUAUAAUUAUAUGAAUCAAGGAAAUUAUAAUAGUAUGAAUUAAGGAAAUUAUAAUAAUAUGAAUUAAGGAAAUUAUAAUAAUAUGAAUCAAGGAAAUUAUAAUAAUAUGAAUUAAGGAAAUUAUAAUAAUAUAAAUCAAGGAAAUUUUAAUAAUAUAAAUCAAGGAAACUUUAACAAUAUAAAUGAAGGAAAUUUUUAUAAUACUAAUCAAACAAAUUUUAAUUAAACACCAUUAGCUCAAUAAUAAAAUUAAUAGUUUAAACCUAAAAUAACAAUUUAAAAUAAUUUAAAUCAACAAAAUUUUUUUUCAACAUAAUCAAAUUAACUUUAAUAAUAAUAAAUUUAACAUUAAUAACCCCAACAAUAUUAAUAAUACCCACAAUAUUAAGAGUAAUCUCCAAUCCAAUAAUAAUUAAAUUAAUCAUCAUCCUCGUCAUCAAAUUUACAGUUUUAAGCUUCUUAUUAAGAUUAAUCGCCUAUCCAAUAACAAUCGCCAAAAAUACAUUAUAAAUAACAACAGCCAUAACCGCUACAGAAUACAAAAAUAAAAAUAAUAUAACUUGAAAGUUAACCUCAGGAUUAAUAAUACAUUCAUAAUUUUUAAGAACAUCCUUCUAAUUAAUAACCUGAAGAAUAUAACAUAACUUAACAGCCUCAAAGAAAGAGCGUGAAUUAAAAAAUAAAAAUGAUACAUCAGUAAUAAUUUAAAAUAUUUAUAUAGGAGUGGCCCUCUGACCCCAGGUUAAAAUGCUUCUAAUUUAGAAUGA